AUGCCUGGAUUGCUUCGGAAGCUGGUCGUGGUCGCGACCGCUGAUGGACUUGUCCUUCACUCCACAGGCAAUGGCUUGCGACAUACUGGAAAUAACGAGCCGUCUGCUAUUCGCAUCGAUUAUAAGACUAACCAAAUCACAUUACUUCCUGGCCCGGCGUCGGGACUUGACGAUACAAGGGACUCCGGUAUAGAGAUUCACGGUCUCGUCGGGCUUCUAUCCGUUGCAUCGUAUUCAUUCCUCAUCUCUAUCACUCAACGGCAGCAAGUGGCUCAGAUCCAAGGCAAAUCGAUUUAUACCAUCACCAAUGUCGCCGUAAUUCCAACAUCAUCUCAGGUGGAUGCGAGUCGUGCAAUCUCGCAGGCCAAGGAGAGUCUGCUGCAGGGCGAGGACAGCCAUACCGAGACUGCUUCCGAGGAUUCCAACACGAUAUCCGACACCGAGACUGAGGGAGGCGAUACUGAAGUCGGCACUGCGCCGGCGUCUCCGGAACAGGAGGUCUCUUGUUCCCGGACACGCAGCGUUAGCAGCAUCGCUGAAGAUGUGAUCGGAAAAAAGGUUCGCUUCGGACGGUUCGCGGCGAACUGGCUCUCCAGGAAGACAUUGGGCCUGCCCGGACUCGGCACAGUCAACCAGGAAUCUACCGAAGCGCCCAUGGGCGAUGUCAGGGAAAGCACGGCAGAGUCUUCUCCGACCAUCGCCAAGGUGAACGAGGACCACGAGGCCACCCCGGCGCCUCGAGAUGGUGAUGAUGCUUCGUCGAAGAGUCUCGCAGAGCCGUUCGGUUCGGAUCCUACGGUCGAGUUGCUGCCCAAGCUGCUGCGUUACACGGAGAUGAUUUUCUCGUCGCGCAAUUUCUUCUUUGCCUACGAUUACGACCUUACCAGGAACCUGAGUGUGCAGGAGCCCUCGCUGGCCACCCACCUCCCACUUCACAGAUUGGUCGAUGAUAUGUAUUUCUGGAAUCGAAAUCUGCUUUCGCCCUUCAUCACGGCCGAUGCUCACGGCUUUGCUCUGCCAUUGAUGCAAGGAUUCGUAGGUCAACGAGAAUUCACGGUCGGGGCAACUCCGAAGCCUUCAUCAUCGGAAUCAGAGAAACCAGACGAGCAACAGGUCGAUGGCCGGAUUCUGGGCGAUAAACAGGAGGCCGAUACCGUUAAGGCCGACGAGGAGAAGCGCGAUUUUCUCGUCACUCUAAUUUCUCGACGGUCGGUGAAGCGUCCAGGCUUGCGAUAUCUCCGCCGUGGCGUGGAUGACAAUGGUAAUACCGCCAACUUUGUUGAAACCGAACAGAUUCUCUCAGCGUCUGACUGGAACCCGACACGCAAUAUCUACUCGUUCCUACAAGUGCGAGGCUCGAUCCCGCUAUAUUUCUCUCAGUCCCCGUACGCUUUCAAGCCAGUCCCCGUGCUGCAUCAUUCCACAGAGACGAACCAGCUCGCCUUUGACAGGCACUUCCGAAAUCUGAGUCGGAGAUAUGGCAACGUCCAAGCAGUAUCCCUCAUAGAUAAACAAGCUGGUGAACUGAAGCUCGGGGAGCAGUACGAGAAAUUCGCUCGGUCCUUGAAUGAAUCAGGCAGCAUUGAUGGUGCGCCACUCAAGAUGGAGUGGUUUGACUUCCAUAAUGAAUGCCGAGGAAUGAAGUUUGAGAAAGUAAGUCGACUGGUCGACCGGCUGGAAUCUACAUUGGGCGAAUUUGGCGAUACGAUGGUGCAAAACGGUACUGUUCUCCGGCGCCAAUCUGGGAUCAUGCGCACUAAUUGCAUGGACUGUCUCGAUCGCACGGGUGUUGCGCAAUGUGCUUUUGGCCAGUGGGCUUUAGAGCGGGAGUUGAAGCAGGAAGGAAUAGACCUCGACUUAAGACGCGAUUCCUCUACACACUGGUUCAAUACCCUCUGGGCGGACAACGGCGAUGCGAUUUCGAAGCAGUACUCCUCCACUGCUGCUCUGAAAGGAGACUACACCCGCACUCGCAAGCGGAAUUAUCGAGGAGCGUUGAACGACUUUGGGCUGACCCUGUCUCGAUACUACAACAAUAUUGUGAACGAUUAUUUCUCACAGGCCUGUAUCGAUUACCUGCUGGGUAACGUUACGACCGAGGUUUUCCAGGAGUUUGCACUUGAGAUGCAGACAACCGAUCCAGGCAUCUCCGUGCAGAAGCUUCGGCAGAAUGCCAUUGACACCAGCUGCAAGAUCGUCAUCAGCGACCAAUCCGAAGAGUUCCUCGGAGGCUGGACACUGCUGACUCCCCGACAGCCGAACACGCUCCGGACUAUGCCGUUUGAAGAGGCCGUCCUUCUCCUCACGGACGUUGCUCUGUAUAGCUGCCGGUUCGACUGGAACACGGACAAAGUGUUGUCCUACGAGCGGAUUGAUUUGUGCUCGGUGACCAGAAUCAAUUAUGGACCAUAUGUAACCUCUAUCUUGACGGAGGCUCAGACUGACGAGCGCAGCAAUGUCGGGUUGGUGGUGGAAUAUCGCGAAGGCGACAAGAACGCAUUGAGGGUUAAUACACGGUCUCUCCAGAGCCAGGUGCCCUCCACGAGUCUCGACAGUGAUGCGCGCCCGAGCAGUGAGUGGAGCAUGUACUCGUGGUUCAAAGGCGCCCCGCACGCGGCCACCCGCCUGGUUGCAUUCAAAGCCCUUCCCCAAGUCAUGGGGACUAGCAGUGUCAGCCCUUCGGAUUGGGUUCGAAGCAUCUGCGAGGAAAUCGAGCGUGCCGUGACGGCAAGUGACCGGCACGGCCCCCCCGAGGAUGGCAAACAGCGAUCCCUGAUUGAUUCCUCGGACAUUAUCUCGUUGGAGGAGGCGAAGAAACGCACUGGAUACCUGGAACACCUGGUGUAUGACAUUAAGAAACUGGUCUGGGCAUGA